AAACUUGACAGACUUGACAGAAUUUAUUUUUUCAAUUUAUAACCAUGUUUAUCGCCACCUAAUCCUGACGCAUUUGUUAUUUAAUCUUUCAAAAUAUUACGAAACCUUUACUUUACAAGACUAGUUUGAUUAAAUAAAGAAAGUAUUUAAACAGGAUUCAUCAUGUGGAAAGGUCUAAGACUAACGCAAUCAGAGUUAGCAAAGCUGCAUUUCACUAGUUAUAAGCUCCAACGUACCGGUGUCCCAGCCCUCAAUUCUGUCCUGAACCAGUGGUACGAGUUCUGCAAGAAGCCUCCCAAGGGCUUCGAGAAGUAUUUCCAGCCGAACCCCAGUCAGAAAGACGCUAAAAAGCCCGACAAAGAUGAGUCGCCAGCGCCAUCAAAAAGUCCGUCACCUCCUUCGAAGCCUACCUCUUCACAAGACAAAUGGAACAUGAACAUGUUCAACCCGGCGGGCAGUGGCGGCGGGAAGGGCGGCGGCCGCGGAGCCUUCGGGGGAGAAGGACAAGAGAAAUGGAUGAUGUUUGGAGCAAUGGGUGUUAUGACACUACUAGCCUCAAUAGCAUACUUCGAGUUAAGGUACAAGGAAAUCAGCUGGAGGGACUUCCUCAACCUCUAUCUAACAAAAGGAUCAGUUGAAAAACUAGAAGUUAUCAACAAGAAGUGGGUGAGAGUGAAGUUAAUGCCGGGUUCAUCAAUUGAAGGCAAGGUUAUCUGGUUUGCCAUCGGCAGUGUAGACUCUUUCGAGAGAAACUUAGAGAAUGCUCAAAUUGAGCAGAAUAUUGACCCACCAAACUUUAUUCCUGUGAUCUAUAAGACAGAGAUUGAAGCAGCCAGCUUAACUGGCAUGCUGCCGACGCUGCUCAUCAUUGGAUUCCUCAUUUACAUGAUGAGGAGAUCUGCCAAUAUGAUGGGAGGGGGAGGAAGGAAAGGAGGUGGCCUAUUCGGAGGUGUCAUGGAGUCUACGGCCAAGCUCAUCAAUCCAACUGACAUUGGAGUCAAGUUUCAGGAUGUAGCUGGUUGCGAAGAAGCCAAGAUUGAGAUUAUGGAGUUUGUAAACUUCCUGAAGAACCCACAGCAGUACAUUGAUUUGGGGGCCAAGAUUCCUAAGGGUGCAUUGCUCACUGGGCCACCUGGUACUGGUAAGACCUUGUUGGCAAAGGCCACAGCAGGUGAAGCCAAUGUACCAUUCCUCACAGUCUCUGGAUCAGAGUUUCUGGAGAUGUUUGUGGGUGUCGGUCCAUCAAGAGUAAGAGACAUGUUCAGUAUGGCUCGGAAACAUGCCCCGUGCAUCCUGUUCAUUGAUGAGAUAGAUGCUGUGGGUAGAAAGAGAGGUGGACGCAGCUUUGGAGGUCACUCGGAGCAGGAGAACACUCUUAACCAGCUGUUGGUAGAGAUGGAUGGCUUCAACACUACAACUAAUGUAGUGGUACUGGCUGCUACCAACAGAGUAGAUAUCCUGGACAAAGCUCUUCUACGUCCUGGUAGAUUUGACAGACAGAUCUUUGUGCCCGCCCCAGACAUCAAGGGCAGAGCUUCCAUCUUCAAAGUCCAUUUGGCUCCAUUGAAGACCACACUGAACAAGGAUAACUUGGCCCGCAAAAUGGCCUCAUUAACUCCAGGCUUCACUGGUGCAGACAUCGCCAAUGUGUGCAACGAAGCUGCCUUGAUUGCCGCGAGAGAGCUUGGUACCGACAUUUCCCUUAAGAACUUUGAGGCAGCUAUUGAGAGAGUUGUGGCCGGUAUGGAGAAGAAAUCUAACGUUUUGCAGCCGGAAGAGAGGAAGAUUGUGGCUUACCACGAGGCGGGACAUGCGGUGGCCGGCUGGUUCUUGCAGCAUGCUGACCCGUUGCUCAAAGUCUCCAUCAUCCCUAGAGGAAAGGGGUUAGGAUACGCCCAGUACCUUCCUAAAGAGCAAUAUCUGUACAGCAAAGAACAGCUGUUUGAUAGAAUGUGCAUGACUCUAGGAGGUAGAGUCAGUGAGGAGAUCUUCUUUGGCAGGAUCACGACUGGCGCUCAAGAUGAUCUGAAGAAGAUUACGCAAAGCGCAUACGCGCAGAUUGUCCACUACGGAAUGAACGCUAAAGUUGGUAAUGUGUCUUUCGAGAUGCCUCAACCAGGAGAGAUGGUUAUGGACAAACCAUACUCUGAGAAAACUGCUGAAUUAAUCGACUCUGAAGUAAGAGUGCUUAUUGACAGCGCGCACAAACACACAACCGAUUUACUCAUCAAAAACAAAGACAACAUCAUCAAAGUAGCUGAGCGAUUAUUGAAGCAAGAGAUCCUUAGUCGGGAUGACAUGAUUGAGUUGCUAGGCGCCCGGCCGUUCCCUGAAAAGAGUACGUACGAAGAGUUUGUCGAAGGCACUGGAUCUUUGGAAGAAGACACCACGCUUCCUGAAGGGCUGAAAGAUUGGAAUAAGGAGAAACAGCCAACCACACCACCGCCUAAGAGCAUACCUACUGAGUCAACUAAAUAAGUACACGCGUGUUUAUGAUGUAGAUCGUUUAUUAGCUUGUUUUAUUUUAUGUGAAUAAAUGUUUUUAUUAAUAUUAAGCCUCAAAGGUCUGUUUUGUUGGUUCAUUGCUUUGUUAUCUAACUGUGAAAAUGGAGAAAUCAUCAGGCAAUUUUGUCCUCGAAUACAAAAUCUAAAGUACAUAAUUUAAGUACCUCAGGCCAGUAUGUUCAGUUAGGUAAUGAAACAACCUGCGCAUUUUUGUUUUAAAUAAACUAGAGUAGCUUUUGUGACUAUAACUUGUAUAAGUAUAAAUAAUUUAUUUAUUUUGUACAAUAAAUAGUUUCCGGAAAAU